AUGGCAACAUUUAAUGGAACUACAACAGAAUUUCCGUCAAUUGACAAAAUAGACUUUACUAAACUAUGUACCUAUCAACUAUUAACAACCGGAUUCUUCUCUGGAAGCAAGAAUUCAGGGUAUAUUAGAAUAGAUGAUAUGGCAGAAAUACUAGCAAAUCCAAGAGCUACUAAUUUAUAUAGAGGACAAUAUAAUAUUAACAGAUUACAACAAGACAAAUACGAAGAAAAUGAACAACACUUCACAUGUAUAUUCCCUAGCGACUGGAACAACAGCACUAGAAUACCCUGUAAUGCAUUCGCAGAAACAACAUCAAGAAACAGAAAUGCCGACUCAUUACAAAUAACAAAAUACUUUACAACCACACUCCAUAUAAAUUACAGAGUAUGGAACACAACCAAAGUGAAAAAAAUAGGACAAGGAAAUUUUGAAGCUGAUUGGCCUGAUGGACAAAACUCUGGAGAUGCACCAUCAAAACAAUCAUUAUUAACUCAUGAUCGACUUCCUAAAGGAAGACAUCCUAAUGAAGACUAUGCUUACCAACUCCAAUUAAUGGGAAAACCAACAUCAUACCAAGACUUUUGGACUAAAGUAGAACAAAUAUACAAAGCCUACAAACAAGGCAUAGUAGGACGAGACUUUGCAAAACAAUUUGAAGGCAAAAAGAAAGAGAACUUUUAUAAUGAAAAACAACCCUACUGGAAAAAUAAUCAGAAGCAUAAAGAAAUGCACUUUUCAGCAAAACAAGAUUAUGUUGUU